AUGAUGGCCAUAAGCUGUCCGAAAGCGUUGGUGCUAUUGGCAACCCUGCUAGCUGCGGUUUGUUUGGACCCGAGCGUAGCGGAAACGACAGCAACGAAAUGUCCGCAGGAGUGCAGAUGUGAAACAAACUCGACCAUACGAUGUACGAGUGUGGCUGGUUUGAGGAACCUUGACAAAACGCAACCCAUUGUUCGGCUGGAUCUGUCCGGCUUGGAGCUAACGAAGGUUCCGGGAGUGUUGGAAAAUGUGCGAAACAUCACCGAGCUGGAUCUAUCGAGGAACAGGCUGGCGGAAGUGAACCAUUUGGGCAAGCGCAUCCGUAAGCUCGAUCUCAGCCACAAUCGUAUCACGUCGGCAAAGUUGGCCCGCAUACCACCGUUUGUGGAGUCGCUUAACCUAACGUACAACGAUCUUACCUACCUGCCAGUGCAUCUGAUGAAGCUGAAGCGGUUACGGUCGAUUGAGUUGGCGAACAAUCCAAUCAACUGUACCUGCGAGACGCUGCAUGUCCGAAAUUGGUUAACUUCGCGGCACGUGUGGUCGGACGAGCACGUCAAGUGUAUGGCACCGGCAGAGUUUAAGGGUCAGCCAUGGUUGCAGGUCCGUCAGCUGGAUGUGUGCAAUCCGUCGGUAGCGGAGGAACGCAAAGAAGGCUACCGGUGGGAUGAUUACGAGGACGAUAACGAACUGAUGCUGGGUGAUGCUGCUCACCAGGAAGCGAAAGAAGAGGACGAGGAUGACUUUAAGCGCGAGUACUUCCCGGUGGGUGAGAAAGUGAAGCGUAACGAGCCACCGAUUGUUGUGAACGAGGACGAGGAAGCUUCUGGCGAUGGACCCGCCAUUGGAGCGGACUCUUCGAUCGGCGAGGACGAGCGAAGGAAAGUGUUCGAUGGUGCAGCUGAUGAAGGUAGCGGAGAGACGGAUGUUAGUGCACGUGUAAUCGCUGAUGUGGUAGAUGAUGGUGAGGUGGAGGAAGACCAAACGGAUGAUGGUAGCGGUAGUGGUGGUGGUUUAUUAUUGAUGAAUAUCGGAUCGCUCGAUCUUGAUCCAGUGAGUAGCACGACCGUCUCAACGAUCGAGCCCGAUCACAGCGUUGAGGAGGAACCGGAGGAAACUCCGAUGGAGUUCCCCAGCCUUCACGAGGAUCUCGGUAUCUUCCGUGAUGAGGACGACGAGCAAACAUCACAUGGAACCGUGCCCGAUGAGACUACGUCGGAAGCAACGAAUGCUCGGGUGAUUGGAGCAGCGGGUGUACUGAAGACCGCAAGUGAAACGGGUAGCAGUGGUGGAUCUUCGGAAACUCCUUUGGUGGAGAACGAAGGAGCUGUUGCAACACAGCCCGAGGAAGACAACCAGAAAACGUACUUACUGCUUGCCAUUCUGGGCAUUAUUUUAGUGUCGUUGAUCAUUAUGGUUGUGUGCAAGCGGAAACCAGAUUCGCGCAACCGUCGUGGCAAGUACGAUGUCGAGACGGCCAACGGUCCAGGGCGCGAGAUGAAGGAGAUGAACAAAAAUCUGCUGGAGAAGGGACCGGGCGACCGGAAUGGACAUGGCGCAGGUAGCCCAGGAACUGCCGAACAAACACCACUCAUGUCACCGGACAAAACAGACUACGAGCGGGUUUUUGGAGAUCCUCAGAAAACCGCAUUCAGUCCAGUGAAACCGGUGCGGACGUCACUCGAGAAGCCGAUGGAAUCGUUCAAACCGAUUGCGGCCGAACGGCGAACAAAUGACCCGGUACAGGCUGCACCAGCUGCGGACAACAACAACACGACGGGUCUACCGAAUGGCAAUGGUGCGUUACACAACGGCGAUGCAUCACCGGCCGGUGUCCACAAGCCCCCCAACCACGUGCCAUCAUCGAACGGGGACGUCACCGACCCGGACGGUCAUCUAGCGGUGCCGAUGGAGUCGCCGCGUUCGAAACGCUACAGCCCAAUUUACGUGCCUACCUCGCCCAAGUCGGAUCGUUACAGUCCGGUGUACUCGCCCGAAACGGGCCGCGUGAAAAUAAAGCUUACCGAGACGCCCAAGCCGAAAACGCCCAUCCUGGUGACGAGGAGUCGUUCGCGGGCGGGCGAUAUCAUUACCACGAUGGAUGACCAAAAGUUCUAGGGAACGGUUGCGCAGCGGUGGUGGCUCGGGCAGAGAAGCAGUAACAGGCCGCGGCCGUACAAACCACCGCGUGAUAUAUGUGCCGUAGCUCGUGACCAUGUGUGACGUUCGGUUUCGGAUAUCGUGUUAUCGGGGUGUGUUUCGAUGAAAAUCGCUGCUAAUCUACUAAUCCUUGCCUC